AUGUCAAAUUCACCUCCCCGGACAACCGCGCAUAUUUCGCUGGCAGUGUCCGCUUCCUCACCCACAUUCAGCAUCUCCGGAGCCAAUGAUGCCACGAACCCAUUCCAGCUAAUCGUGACCGCUCGCAUCGUCUCAUUCGGCGUUCUACAAUCAGCCAUCACUCUGCAGGCAGAUCGCACGCCUCUCGAUCAUGGCUCCGGGUUUGCUAAUGCGCUCUUCCGCGGCGGUUUGAACUACUGGGUGGACGUCACCAACAAGACACGUGUCAUAUCUUUGAAGCCGUCUGUGCGUGUCAACUAUGGCAGCUCGAGUGAAAAUGAUCAGAGAAAGAUUGGCUUCUUACAAUUCGUCACCGUGCCAGCAUCCGAGGACUUGGUCGUCAGCCACGAGAUUACCGCAGAACGCAUGUUCCGGGCCCACAACCAUCAUGCUUCUUCGAGCUUGGGACCCAAAGAUGUCAAGCCAGGAGAUCGAUUCCGGCUCCGCAUGACCAAUCUAGACUGUGUCGGAUGGUGGCAUCCAGGGGGUUUGGAUGGCGAAUUGAAAGACAAAAAGUUUGUAGGUUCAUUCGAGGAACCGAAUGACGACGGACGGUACGAGCACUUUGAUGACAUUGAAGGGCAGAAGCCGGAUACAAAAACACUAAAACGGCAUGGCUGGAUUUUCUCUGAGGAGCUGGAUCAGUUGAAGGUCACGGCCGAGGAGGGAAAGGAGAGCGUGGUCAUUGAUUUCGUCGCAUAG